CUUAAAUAUAAAACACAAGCGAGAUGAGAGAAAUCCAAAUGAAAUAUAAUAGGGAUAAAAAGAACAAAAUGGGAACAGCUCUGAAACUUCCGAUCAUCGAUCUUUCUUCGCCGGAGAAGCUCUCUACUUCCCGAUUGAUUCGUCAGGCUUGCUUGGAUCAUGGAUUCUUCUAUCUUACGAACCAUGGCGUUUCGGAAGAGUUGAUGGAAGGAGUGUUAAUAGAGAGCAAGAAACUAUUCUCCCUUCCUCUUGAUGAGAAGAUGGUGAUGGCUCGUCAUGGUUUUCGUGGUUACUCACCGUUAUACGACGAGAAACUUGAAUCAUCUUCCACCUCCAUAGGUGAUUCCAAGGAGAUGUUCACUUUUGGAUCUUCAGAAGGAGUUUUGGGUCAACUUUACCCUAACAAGUGGCCUCUUGAAGAGCUUUUGCCGCUUUGGAGGCCAACCAUGGAAUGCUACUAUAAAAAUGUCAUGGAUGUUGGUAAGAAAUUGUUUGGCCUAGUGGCUUUGGCAUUGAAUUUAGAGGAAAACUACUUUGAACAAGUGGGAGCUUUCAAUGAUCAAGCAGCGGUUGUUCGUCUCUUACGUUAUUCAGGAGAAUCAAAUUCAUCUGGAGAAGAAACAUGUGGUGCCUCUGCUCAUUCAGAUUUUGGAAUGAUAACUCUUCUUGCAACUGAUGGAGUUGCAGGGCUUCAAGUUUGUAGAGAUAAAGAUAAAGAACCAAAAGUUUGGGAAGAUGUCGCUGGUAUUAAAGGGGACUUUUGUUGUCAACAUCGGCGACCUUAUGGAAAGAUGGACUAAUGGUCUUUUCCGGUACCGAAAAAAAUAUUCCUUACUUUUAGUUUACAUUUCAUAUAUAAGGUGAUAUUUUGAUUCAAGAUCGCUUCUUGAUUUAAGAUCAACAUUGCAUAGAGUGGUGUCAGUGGGAAAGGAACGUUUUUCGGUGGCUGUAUUUGUCGAUCCAGACCCAAACUGCGUUGUAGAGUGCUUGGAGAGCUGUUGUAGUGAAACAUCUCCUCCCAAGUUUCCACCGGUCCGGGCCAGAGAUUAUUUCCACGAGCGAUUCAGUCAAACCCUCGCCUCGUACUCCGGUUCCGACUAAAAUAUAUGAGAACUGAGAAGCUCCAGGUUUUCUUAAAUAAGACAUGUGUCAAAUGUUUGAGUUUCACUUUUGCGUGGACAUGAAAUAGCUAUUAUAAACCAAAAGGUGAUAAAACACUUAAAACAGUAUAAUGUAAUUAGGUGUAUUUUCGAUUGAUAAAUGUAUUAAUUGUAGACUAUGAUCCCGUAUAAAUUUCAAAUAGUGUGUUCAUGACUUGUCUUGCUUUUCAUAAGAAUUCCUCAAGUGUGAUGAAAUGCCACUAUCAAUGUAUGAACAUUCCCAGCUAAUUGAUAAUGGAUAUCGAACAAUGAUUACUCUUUGUUGAAGCUGGAUGAUGUACAAGGAGCAGAGAAGAUAUAUGAAGAGUGGAAACCGGAAGGACCAAAGCUGGAUAUGAGCAUACCGAGUUUGCUGAAGGCAUGGAAAUGAAGAUUCACCAAAUGGUAAAGUCUGUUAGAAAGAAGAGGUAUGAGAUGCAUUUUAAGAAGAUAAAAGAACGUUUGAUCUCUAUAAGGGGGGUUGAUUUUUGGCAUGGGAUUAAAGGUUGAGCAAAUAGUAAAGUCGAUUAGACAAAAGAAGUUGAAAGAACCUUUGAAAUUACUGGAGGCGAGGGAAG